AUGCCUAUCUCAGCUGAAGAAAGCGUUCAAAAGCCAACUCCAAUUCACAGGGGGUUGGAUAACGCUUCCGGUGUACAACAAGAUCGCAAAAAUGUCACGACUGAUUCAUUGCACAGCGUGGAGAGGUCGACAAUUCAAACCGACAAUGCUCAGGCCGAGUCCCGCCAACGUUGGUUCCAUUGGCAUGAGCCAGGGACUUCAAAAGCCGACAAAAAACUCAUUUUCAAACUGGACUGGUUCCUUCUCAGCUACAGUUGUUUAUGCUUUUUUAUCAAGCAGCUGGAUGGCAACAAUGUGUCCAAUGCCUACGUCUCUGGCAUGAAAGAAGAGCUUGGGUUUGGACCAGGCAACGAACUGAGCUGGAUGAACACAUACUUCAGUAUUGGCGCAAUCAUCGGAGGACCAAUUUCCAAUCUCGCUUUAACUGUUGUUCGGCCGAGGUACUUGCUGCCUAGCUGUUUGUUCGUCUGGUCGCUCUGCGUACUUUUCCUGUACAAGUGCAACCACGCAUCUCAGCUCUACGGCCUUCGAUUUUGUAUUGGAUUUUUCGAAGCCGCAGCAUGGCCCGGAAUCCAGUAUGUUCUUGGAUGUUGGUAUCGCAAAUCCGAACUCGCGCGCCGAAGUGGUCUCUUCGUCAUGUCCGGAGUCCUGGGACAGAUGUUUUCAGGCUACCUGCAAGCCGCACUGUUCAAAGACAUGGAUGGAAAAGCUGGAUUAUCGGCGUGGAGAUGGCUCUUCAUUUUUGAUUUCAUCCUUGCCAUUCCAGUCGCCAUAUACGGUUUCAUCUUUUACCCCGAUACGCCUCAAAACACCACUGCAUUCUAUCUCUCCGAAUGGGAAAGAAAUCGCGCGAGAGAGAGAAUCGAGGAAGAGGGUCGAACCCCCGUUGGAAAACUGGACAGCACUGUUUUCAAACGCGUCCUGCUAUCAUGGCAAUUCUACACUUUCUCACUCGCAUACGCCUUCUGGUCUCUCACCUGCGGGUCAUAUGUGAUGCAGUACUUCGGGAUUUGGCUCAAGUCGCUGAAGAUAUACUCCGUGCCUCAAAUAAACAAUAUUCCCACUUCCAUGGGUGCCAUCAAUUUUGCUUUCAUGGUCGGCACGGGAUAUGUCUCCGAUAAAAUCGGCCGACGAGGACCCGUCUGUUUCGCAGUUGGAUGUCUCCUGACCUUCUGCUAUGCCAUCUUCACGGCCUGGCCUGAAUCAAGAGGGUUGAAGAUGGCUGCGUUCAUUAUCACGGGUUGUUAUGGAUGUUAUACACCCCUUCUGGCAGGUUGGGUCAACGCCUCAUGCGGUGGAGAUCAACAAUUACGAGCAUUUGUUUUGGCGUUCAUGGUCAGUCUUGGAUCGGCUGUUGUCAUCCCCUUCCAACAGCUGCAAUUUCCUAGUGGAGAGGCGCCCAAAUUCACCAAGACACACGGCUGGGUCAGUGGGCUGUGUUUUGUUUUGGCGCUUACUCUGUGGACUGGGUUCGGAAUCGACCUUGUGGAACGGAUUUUCACACGAAAGCGCAAGGAGAGUCUACCCAAAGAAACCGAUGUUUAG